AGCCCCCAGAGGGAAGGGGAGGAUUUUGGGGGUCCCUGUGGGUGCAGCAGGGGCCCCCGGAGGUGCCGCCUCUCGGGUUUUGGGGCCACCCCGAGCUGUUCCCUUUGAGGUGCCCCAAGGGCAGGCGUGCAGCCUCGGGGUGUCACAGGGUUUUGGGGUUCGUUCCCCUGUGGUAGUGGGUUUUGGGUGUCCCCAAAUUCGUCACCACAGGAGAGGGUCCGCAAGAGGUCUGGGGGGGCUUUGGUACCCCCAGGAAACGGGGAGGUGUUGGGGUGCCCCUGAGGAGCCCCCGGAUUGGGGGUGACUCUGAGGAACCCCAUUUUUGGGGUGAUACUGAAGACCCUGUGUUGGGGUGACCCCAAGGCCCCCUCACGCUUGAGGUGCCCCCGAAGCCCCCUGGUUUUGGGGGAUACCCCUGCAAACCCCUUUUUGGGGUGGCCUCAAGGACCCCCGUGUUUGGGAGUGUCCCAGCCCCCCGCUUUCGGCGUCUCCCCAAGACACCCCCAUUUGGAGUAGCCCCCAGCCCCCCCAUUUUCGGAGUGAGCACGACAACCCCCUUUUCUUAGGGGGGACCCUGAAAGACCCCCGGUUUUUGGGGUGACCCACGGCUGGUUUUGGGGUGCCCUCGGGGCCAUGGCGUGGGCGCUGAAGCUGCCACUGGCCGAUGAGGUGAUCGAGUCGGGGCUGGUGCAGGAUUUCGACGCCAGCCUGUCGGGGAUCGGGCAGGAGCUCGGCGCCGGCGCCUACAGCAUGAGCGAUGUCCUGGCUCUGCCCAUCUUCAAGCAGGAGGAAUCCAGUUUGCCUCCGGAGAACCAGGACAAGCUGCUGCCGUUCCAGUACGUCCUGUGCGCCGCCACCUCCCCCGCCGUCAAACUGCACGACGAGACCCUCACCUACCUCAACCAAGGUCAAUCCUACGAGAUCCGGAUGUUGGACAACAGGAAACUCGGGGAGCUGCCAGAGAUCAACGGGAAGCUGGUGAAGAGCAUCUUCCGGGUGGUUUUCCAUGACCGGCGGCUGCAGUACACAGAGCACCAGCAGCUGGAGGGCUGGAGGUGGAACAGGCCUGGUGACAGGAUCCUGGACAUAGACAUCCCAAUGUCCGUGGGGAUCAUCGACCCCCACGCAAACCCAACGCAGCUCAACACCGUGGAGUUCCUGUGGGAUCCGGCCAAGAGGACCUCGGUCUUCAUCCAGGUGCACUGCAUCAGCACGGAGUUCACCCCGCGCAAGCACGGCGGCGAGAAGGGCGUUCCCUUCCGCGUGCAGAUCGACACCUUCAGGGAGAAUGAGAGCGGGGAGUACACGGAGCACCUGCACUCUGCCAGCUGCCAGAUCAAGGUGUUCAAGCCCAAAGGAGCCGACCGGAAGCAGAAGACGGAUCGGGAGAAGAUGGAGAAGCGCACACCCCACGAGAAGGAGAAGUACCAGCCGUCCUACGAGACCACCAUCCUGACGGAGGUGAGCUCACCUGGCUGCUGGGACAGCUCUGCUCCAGGUGUUUGUACCUGCCAGACACAGCCGGGGGCGCACGAGGCGCCCCAGUGCCUGAAAAAGGGCUCUGGGGACAUUGUUCACCUGAGCUGGCCAGGUGUGUGCAGUGCAGCGGUGUGCAGCAGUGGAUCCCCAAGCCACCAGCCCGACCCCCCCGUGCCCCUGGCUGACACGCUGCUGCCCACCUGGACCCCGCAGGAGGCGCAGCAGUGGCUGCACCGCAACCGCUUCUCCACCUUCUCCCGGCUCUUCAGGAACUUCUCAGGAGCAGAUCUGCUGAAGCUGACGCGGGAGGACGUGAUCCAGAUCUGCGGCCCCGCCGACGGCAUCCGGCUCUUCAACACCCUCAAGGGCAGGAUGGUGCGGCCCCGCCUGACCAUCUACGUGUGCCAGGAGUCCCAGCACGGCCGGGACCCCCAGCACGAGCACGAGGACGGCGACAGCAGCACCGGCACCUUCUUUGUUUACCACGCCGUGUACCUGGAGGAGCUGACGGCAGCCGAGCUGACGGAGAAGCUGGCGCAGCUUUUCCGCGUCCCCGCCCAGCAGAUCCAGCAGAUCUACAAACAGGGACCCACCGGGAUCCACGUCCUGGUCAGCGACGAGAUGAUCCAGAACUUCCAGGAUGAAUCCUGCUUCGUUCUGGACACCAUGAAAGCCGAAAGCAACGACAGCUACCACAUCAUCCUGAAAUAGGGGGCCAGGUGAGGGCCAGGUGAGGAGUACCUGCAGCUCUCAGCAUACCUGGACACCCUCCGCUCCCAGCACAAGGACACAAGCAGAGAUCUGGGAAGCCCCAGGUGUUGUUACCUGGCCGCCCUCCUCGCAGGGAACACCUGGAGACCCUCUGGAGAGCCCCCAGGUGUGGUUACCUGGCAGCCCCUGCCACAGGUGACUCCUGGCAUGGACAGGAUGCUCCAUUGCUGGAGCUCUGAGGCACCAGGUGUUCACUCACCUGGGACAGGUGUGUGCAGGUGUGAAGUGAUCUUUUAAGGUCAUCAAGAAUUUCAUAUCCAGAUUUAAUUAUGGAAAAUUGGAGGAUAAAGGAGUAACUCGGGGGGAGGGAGGGUGAGGGGACAUUGCUGCGUGUUUUGGGGAGAAAAGCAAAGAUUUCGCUAUUUCUGCUGAAUAUGUGAAGUGAUUGAAGCGGCUCUGGGCAGGUGUCCAGGUGAGGGAUCUGCCCAGGUGUGGGAGGUCAAUCCCAGAUCCCUCAAGACUUGGAUGCUCCAGGUAAUACCAGACUCAGCCUAUGAGGUGUUUCAGGCAAAAAAACA